AUGGAGUUGGGGAAAAAUUGCGAGUUUUGUUUGAAUCUAAGGCCGAUUGUGUACUGUAAGGCAGAUGCGGCACAUCUUUGCCUGUCCUGUGAUGCUAAGGUUCAUUCAGCUAAUGCUCUUUCGAGCCGGCAUCCUCGGACCCUUGUCUGCGAGUCAUGCAGAUACCGUCCUGCUUUUGUUCAAUGUUCUGAUCAUAGGAUGUUUAUGUGCCACGGUUGCAAUCGCAGCCAGCAUGAUCCAUCCUCCCAACACCAGAGAAAGGUGAUAAGUUGUUACAUGGGAUGCCCUUCUGCCAAGGAUUUUGCAGCGUUAUGGGGUUUUGAAUUGAAUGAGCUGGAAGAUCAAACUUAUUUUCAAGAUGAAUUCAUUCCCACCACAAGUGCAACAAUAGACACAGGGAUGACCACGUUGAACAGGUCUAGUUCGGGAUCAGGCGGUUCAUCUGUUUCUGAAGUGAGUUCCAGUGUUAUCAAAUUGCCGAAAGUGGGAUCAAAGAGGGAGUACCAUAAGAUAUCUUAUGCAAGUGCUCCUGACCAGCAGGACAAUGCAGGCCAGAUUUGGCAGCAGAUUCUUGACUUGAGAAGGCUUCAGCAGAAUCAGGGCGGUGCUAGUUCUUCCUACGUAAUAUGCCAAGAGGAAAAUGAUGUGUCUUCAUUCAAGCACAACUCUAAAGGUCAGCUGCAUGUGAAUGUUAAUCAGCAAUCCCAGCACUCCACAGAUCUGGAUUCUGAUCUGCGUGAUUUGGAAAGCUCUUAUGAGAAGCCUAGUGCAGAAGCUUUUCCUUUUGUUCUUUCCCAGAUGGAUGGGGACUCAUUUUGGCAAUGCAAAAGUCCAUUGCAGAGUGGACAGCUAUGGACUCAAAAUAUGCAAGAUCUUGGAGUUUGUGAUGAGGCACGAUGUAAUGAUGAUUUUAGCAUGCCUGAUGUUGAUCCAACAUUCACAAAUAUUGAAGAACUAUUUGGAGGUGAGCAAGAGCUUGCCAGAGCCCUGCUUAAUGAGGAUGCUACAUGCUCCUCCUUGGACAAGGAUAUGUCCAUAGACAAAUCAGAUAAUGGAUAUGAAAGAUCAGUAGAGGAUGUUUCAGCAGCUUCUUCAAUUUGCAUAUCCCAUUCGGAUACUCUUGAGAAAGACGUUGAGUCUUCUGACAAUGUUAAUCAUUUCUCUGUGACCAUGAACAGUCCUUCAAUGCAGCCAUCUUACUCGAAUUUAUCCUUCUCCUUUUCGAGGCUAAGUGCAGAACACCUGGACAGUGGACAAUUGCCUGAGCACAUGAGACAACAUCUUUAUAGCAAUAAUUCAAUUGAUUUGGAGAAUACAUCUGCAGAUACUAAACAAAAUGGCGCAAUGCAAUUCAAAGAAAAGAAGAAGGUCCGCAGGUCUGAGAAGCAAUCCAGGUAUCGGAAAGCUAGAUCUGAUGUAAAGUCGGGGAUCAACUUGUGA